CACUCUCUGCGCAGUCAGCUGUAGAAUGCGACAGACAUUUGUUUACGCAUGUGUUGUGUUGUAUCCACACUUCUCUCACUUGUUUUAACUUAAAACUAGAAACUUUCAAGUGCGCUUAAAUAAACACCCGCCCGCAGAAAUGUCGAUUUUAGAAAAGCUGCGCCGUUUCGACGCCUAUUCGAAGACGCUGGACGACUUCCGAAUACAAACCUACGGCGGCGCGACGGUGACGAUAGUUAGUAUUACAAUCAUGUCGUUAUUAAUCUGGGUGGAAUUGAACGACUACAUGACGCCAAACAUAGAAGAAGAAUUGUUUGUGGACACAUCAAGAAGUCCAAACAUUCAGAUUUCAUUGGAUGUGAUUUUUCCUAGAAUUUCUUGUGAUUUUUUAUCUCUUGAUGCUAUGGACUCCUCAGGAGAACAGCACUUACAAAUUGAUCAUAAUAUAUUUAAACGAAGCCUAGACUUGGAAGGAAACCCAAUCGAAGAGCCAAAGAAAGAAGAUAUUAUUAUAAAAGUAAAAGAACCCGAGGAGGAGAAGAAUGUGACGUGUGGAAGCUGUUAUGGUGCUUCAUUAGACCCUAAAAAAUGUUGUAAUACAUGUGAAGACGUGCGGGAAGCCUAUCGUGAACGCCGCUGGGCGUUUCCAGACAAUCCAGAGAACAUAACGCAGUGCAAAGAUGAAAAAUACAGCGAGAAAAUCAAAACAGCAUUCACGCAAGGCUGUCAAAUCUAUGGCACGCUGAUUGUAAACCGCGUUUCUGGCAGUUUUCACAUUGCGCCUGGUAAAAGCUUCACGAUUAACCACGUGCAUGUACACGACGUGCAGCCAUUCUCCUCCACGGUGUUUAACACAACCCACAAGAUACGACAUCUUUCGUUCGGAGCGAAUAUCGACAGUGAGACGCAUAAUCCGCUCAAGGGGACUGAAUGCACAGCUGAGGAAGGAGCAACAAUGUUCCAAUACUACAUAAAAAUCGUCCCCACGGCUUACGUAAACAAAAACAACUCAAUCAUGCACUCGAAUCAAUUCUCAGUUACGAAACACAAAAAAGUCGUCUCUGUGAUGAGCGGCGAGUCGGGAAUGCCAGGCGCAUUCUUCCAAUACGAACUCUCGCCUCUAAUGGUCAAGUACACCGAACGCGAGCGCUCCUUUGGCCAUUUCAUCACGAAUGUCGUCGCGAUCAUCGGCGGCAUCUACUCAGUCGCCAGCCUAAUCGACGCAGUCAUCUACCGCUCAGUACGCCUAAUCCAAGCUAAGAUCGAAAUCGGUAAACUCAACUAAUCGGCGAAUCUCAAUUGGUAAUUUUAUAUUUAAACUAGUACAUUCCCUGCAACAAGAAAUCUUCUAUUCAUAAUGUUUGUAAAAACGUGUUAAACGAUUGUAUUGACGUUUGCGCCACUUGGGAGGCGAACUCGGAGUCACUGCCAGAGACGAUGAGUGCGGGCGAUAUGUAACCGGGCUGCUUGGGAUUAAAUUGCACUUUGUUGAGGCGCUGCAGGUAUUCGAAGCGCUGUUGCAGCCGGAAGAGGCGACAGCCGAGCACGUCGGGCAUCUGCGCGAUGGUUUCCAGCGAAAUUUUCAUUGUGUUGUGUAAAUAUUCGAAUGUUUUUAAUAGUUUCUUGUGAUCUGAAGUACAAACAAUUACUAUCGAGGAGAA